AUGUCUCUCAAAUCUCUGACGGUGUUGGCUGGCAUUUUGUCGGUCAGCGCCGGCUCCUUCCUCCAAUCAGAUGAAUAUCAAGUUCCUCUUGUCUCUGGUUCCUCGCGCAGGCCAAACAUCGUUUUCAUUCUGACUGACGAUCAAGACCUGCACAUGAACUCGCUGGAUUACGUCCCCUUCAUCAAGAAGCAUUUGAUCGACCAAGGCACCCUGUAUAAGAGACACUUCUGUGGAUAUCCCAAGUUCGUGGCAGAGGGCCACAAUGAGAACUACCUACCCAAACUCCUCCAGGACGUGGGCUACGAUACAUACUACACUGGAAAACUGUUCAAUGCUCAUACCGUGGACAACUACCACAGUCCCCACGCAGCUGGAUGGACUGGAUCCGAUUUUUUGCUGGACCCGUUCACUUAUUCUUACCUCAACGCCACAUUUCAACGAAACCAGGAUCCGCCGGUGAGCCAUGAAGGCGAAUACAGUACGGAUGUUCUGGCUGGCAAGGCUUUGGACUUCCUUGACGAUGCCGUGGCUGCGUCCAAGCCCUUCUUCCUCGGAAUCGCGCCUGUUGCACCUCAUUCAAAUGUCCAAUCCAAUGUCAUCAGCAAUGGCAGCGUUCACGAUCCGCAUGGCAUCGUUGCAACGCCACCAAUUCCCGCCGAGAGGCACGCCCAUCUUUUCCCCGAUGCCAUUGUCCCGCGAACGGACAACUUCAAUCCCGAGAAGGUAUCUGGAGCCAACUGGGUUCGGCAACAACCGAGACAAAGUGCCGAAAAUAUCGCGUUUAAUGAUCACUUCUAUCGGAACAGACUUCGAGCUUUGCAGGCGGUCGAUGAGCUGGUUGAUUCUGUGGUUUCCAGAUUGGAAGAAUAUGGUAUUCUCGAAGAGACAUAUAUAUUUUAUACCACUGAUAAUGGUUAUCAUAUCGGACAUCACCGCCUCCAACCUGGAAAGGAGUGUGGCUAUGAAGAGGACAUCAACAUCCCUCUCAUCAUUCGGGGCCCUCAAGUCCCGGAAGGCAAAGUCGCCGAAAUUGUGACAACACAUCAAGACCUGGUGCCUACGAUCAUGAGUCUAGCGCAAGCACCUCUGCGUGCCGAUUUCGAUGGUCUAGCUAUUCCCCUGACCGAGGAAGAUUUUGGUGAUGCGGCAAAGACAAGACAUGAGCAUGUUACAGUUGAAUAUUGGGGCUUUGCGGCCUCCGAGGGUCCUUGGGGAUAUUUUGGUCGGAACGAGUCCUUCGUAUUCAACAACACGUACAAGGCCCUGCGCGUAGUUUCAAAGGAGUAUAACCUUUACUACUCAGCGUGGUGUAAUAACGAACAUGAGCUUUACGACCUCAAUGUUCCGUUUGCACACAUCCUUGGCGCUCACUGCAUCCGCAAGGCAAUGUGGACACUCUGCGCGACGCACUUUCACCGAGAUUCGACAGUUUCUAUCAGCAACAACAAGUUCGAGUCGAAUACUCGCGUUGCGAGAUGGGUUAUCUUGUAG